GAAUCACAGAACAAGACAGACCAUCAACACACACCAUCUAGGUCUGAGUGGUGGUGUCAACCCUCAUUAACUCACCUGUUUUAGGGGUCGUUUUGAAGUUACCGGGUUGGGUGCGCACGACGGUGAUCACGUGACUACUCCCAGGCUUAUAAAUACCGGCAGCGAGUUAUAUUCUGCCUCUUUUCCACUCAGCGUUGACGAGACCCACACGAUGCCCGAGUCCGCCUCCUCGUACACGAAUGGCUACGCUCCUGGCACGGGGGCGGAGUGUGAAGACAUGGAGACGUUUCUUUUUACUAGUGAGAGUGUAGGAGAGGGACAUCCAGACAAAAUAUGUGACCAAGUCAGUGAUGCAGUGCUGGACGCUCACCUCACCCAAGACCCCGAUGCUAAAGUUGCUUGCGAAACAUGUACAAAGACUGGAAUGAUCCUUAUUUGUGGGGAGAUCACAUCCAAGGCACAAGUCGACUAUCAGAAGAUUGUUAGAGACACAAUAAAGAAAAUUGGUUAUGACGAUUCUGGCAAGGGCUUUGACUACAAGACUUGCAAUGUUCUCCUGGCCCUGGAGCAACAGUGUGCUGAAAUUGCUAAAGGGGUUCACAUUGGGCGCAGUGACGACGACAUUGGCGCAGGCGACCAGGGAUUGAUGUUUGGUUAUGCCACUGAUGAGACGGAUGUGUGUAUGCCCCUGACAGUGGUCUUGGCACACCGUCUGAAUCAAAAGAUAGCGGAGUUGAGGAGAGACGGAACCUUAUGGUGGGCACGACCCGACAGCAAGACACAAGUCACCUGCGAAUAUACCUUUGAUCAUGGAGCUGCCAUCCCCAGACGUGUACACACAAUCGUUGCUUCUGUACAACAUUCGGAAAAGAUAACGGUAGAAGCACUGCGUGAAGAAAUCAUGGAGAAGGCCAUUAAAGCUGUCAUCCCUGCAGAAUAUCUCGAUGAUGAGACAAAGUAUCACAUUAACCCCUGCGGAGAGUUCAACGUGGGUGGACCUCAGGGUGACGCCGGGCUUACUGGCAGGAAGAUCAUCGUCGACACAUACGGUGGGUGGGGAGCGCACGGAGGUGGAGCUUUCUCGGGCAAGGACUACACUAAGGUGGACCGCUCGGCUGCCUACGCUGCCAGAUGGGUCGCCAAGUCUCUAGUGAAGAACGGAAUUUGCAGACGUUGUUUAGUACAGGUGUCAUAUGCCAUCGGCGUGGCCGAGCCAGUAAGCAUCAGCAUUUUCCACUACGGAACCUCAAAGUACACUUCCCAGCAGCUACUGAAGAUUGUAAAGCACAACUUUGAUCUACGGCCAGGACGCAUUGUUAAAGAACUAGGCUUGAAGAGGCCCAUCUACAGCGAAACUUCGUGCUACGGACAUUUUGGACGAGAACAGUUCCCGUGGGAACAGUCCAAGAAAUUGAUCAUUCCAAAACUUUAAGAAUUGUUAGGAGUCCAUAAAGCCAUUAUUAAUGGGAUAGUCGGUCCUGCCGGGCUUAGGCUGUACUGUACUGGACAGUCUACUCUGGCAGUACAGGCUGGCAUAUAUAUAAUCGUAGAGAUAGACGAGUCGGUCUGCUUAUAUUUAAUCAUUUAAAUUUCAUUAUAAUACUGUAAUUGCACUUUUGUGUCGGGCAGGCACGCGGGCUUGUGCGUUCUUGUGCACUCGGGCAUGUGUGUGUGUGCUUGUGCAUCCUGGUGACGAAUAUGGUGCUCAAUUGGGGGUGCCUUAUGCGACACCUGACCUGUACCAGCCCCAACCGUGAGGACCCCUGCGAGGCGACCACAGUUUUAGGAUGGCACAGGCGAUGGCUCUCGGCCAGGCUGCACCCCUCGUCUGUGUUAUACUUGAAGCUGCAAAUGUGUAGGAAGAGCAAGAUUUCCCCUAGAGUUUUUUAUAUAAGAUCUACGCAUUUGUGUUGUGUUUACGAAAAUUCUAAUGGAAAAGAGCAUUUCCUUAAACACUCCGGCCGCCUUCCUCGGAGGAAACUGAAAAAAUUACCAAAUCCUCAUGUGUUGGGAGUCAUCUUAGCUUUUAAUUUUUGAUCAAGACUGUUGUAAAAGAUAUGUAUGUAUGAUGUACAUUGUAUUUAUUAUGAUCAGGCUAUUGUAUACAAUGUUACUUGUAUCAUGGCAAAUAAAAGUGAGAAAGGUAAUAUAUUUAGCUGUUCUCACCUCCUGUGUGGUUGUGCUUCAGCUGAUUAUGGGAACCUGUUGUGUUUUCCCUGUUGGCUUCUGUACAUCAAUGGUUUCCUUUACUUGUCUUAACACAUUUUAAGAUAAAUCUACUAAAGUUGAAACUAUUAACAAAAAAGUUUUCCCCGAACAAAUGGAAAAUUAGUGAUGGUCAAGUUGCAAAAUACAUUAACAAGAAAGUCUGUUGACAUGAAUUUAAAACUAUGAAUUGGUUGAAGAUCUAUAAUCAUUUAGUGUUAAUGAAUUCAAGGUAACCUUUUGACCCAAUACUCCUAAUGGGAACCUGACAAUUAUGUGCUGCGUGAAUGAUUGUGUGUAUUUUAUAUAUUUUGUUUUGUCCUUUGAGAAAAUGCCUUGAUAUUGGCAGUGCAAGAAGGAUAAAUCUUGAAGACAUGACCUUGACAAACAUACUGAACACCUGCCCUCAAACAGUCCACCCACCCAUAUUAAACCUAGCCAAGAAAUCUGUUUAAACUCCACUAAUAAUAUUAUAAAGUAAAUUACAGUCCUUUAUGGAUGUACUGAAGUUCUGUUGCCAUUUGGAUGUUUGUUUUGAGUUUAGACAUGACUCGUGAAGAAAUUAAAUUCAUAGUAGACAAGUAGUCCCCUUUACAGAGUACGUAGUUAGCACAUCACGAUACUGUUGGGUGUUUUUUGUUUUAAUAUGCUGGAAUUCUCUGUAUGGUACUGUAUUGUGGUGUUGUCACUGAAAACAGGAGGAGGAUGAUAUAGUUGACAUCCUGGGUGUAUCGAUUCUACCAAGAUUACGUUUACUGGAUUGUGCUUAGUUGUGACUGAUAACGAACACUGAUAUUACAAGAACCGAUGGUCAUUUGUGAGUGGAGUAGGUGCCCAAGAAAAUAAUCUAAUGAAAUGUCAUCCACCGUCCUAACUUUUGAAGAGAUCCGUAUACCCCGUAUACCAAAUGUUGACGAGUUUGUCAGGGAUAUCAAAGUGCCACGAAAAUGUAAAAUAUAAUAAUAACAUGUAUUAACACUUGUCACAUAAGCCGACAGGCACUGUGGGUGAUGAGUGGAAGGGCUGAUUUAUGAUCAUUGCAACGCCUACUGAUAGAUUACCCUCCUUACAAUAACCCAGUGGGAUAACAAGAAAUAACAGUGAAAGGAAGAAUGAAUAUGGAAAAAUAACAUUGCUAAUAAGUUAAUACAGUAGAUGUUACUGAAAGAUCAAUGUGGAAUUAACGAAAAUUAAUUUUUUUUAACCAAAAAGAUAAAAUGCUGGACAGGUAUAAGAUAAAAUGUGGGAUAAUGUUAUUUAGAGAUCAACUUGAUGUUGGUAGGGAUUAAGGCACAAUGAAAAUAAAUAGUGAAAUAGAGCUGCACUGGGCAGUCUGAGUAAGAAACAAUUUACUGUAGAUUAAAUGUAUUGCUUAAAGAGGAUGUCAUUAGCCCUUAAUACAAAACAAGUAAUACAAAUUUUUAACUUUGUAUUUUAUAUUACUAACAAUGUGAAGUAAAGUAUAUUGACCCUAAAAUAAUGAAACUGUUGACAAUAUGGUUUGGACACAAGUUUUAUCAUUCCAUUUUACCUGUAAUAACAAAGUUGUCUCCCCGUGUAGAUGCCAGUGUAUAACAGUUUGACACAGUGUGAUGGUUUGUUAUGGCGUUAUAAUAUACUGUGCAUUAAAGAUACGACCAUAAUAAUUAAUGUGAAUUGACCAUGUAUCGUCCCUAACCCCGCAGGACUCAACACACCCUUAAGCUACUUGUAAUGUUUUAAUGUUAACUUGUAAUUACUGUAUACUAAUCACACUUGUUUCUGUAUCUCUGUGUGUGGAAUAAAAGUAUAUAAUGUUUGA